AUGCCGACUCAAGAGCGCUCCUUUGCCUUGUCCCGUUUUCUCUUUCUUCCUUCGCUUAGGAUACUUGUUCGUAGUCGCCUAGCCAAUUGUCAAUACACUUGCUUGGACCGUUACAAUAUCCCCGUAGAGUGGCUCGGGAGCGUAACGGACGGAGAGUUCUCCUGA